UACUGUACUGUCUUUGAUGUAUUGCAUUGGGAACUACAGUGCCUGUAAAUUUGUCAGGAGUGGAGCUGCUAUUGACUACUACAAUGUAGCACGAGGGGGCGCUGUUUGAGCGUACGAUAUUUUUCCUAGAGAUUUCCAGUGGGAGUGUUCUUAUGUCAACCCCUCUCCCGCCUGACAKCGACGGAUUUCUCCCUAUUCAAUUCGGAUAGUGUGUAGCUAGUAGUAGUAAGAAGGUUACGUUCAUGGUUUCUAACUUAAAAUCUUCAAAAAACAUCGCCCGUGAAAACGGCAGGCAUCGGUACCGGUUUUAAUUCUGCGGAGAAAUCACUGCACGCUGGCGGAGGUUCCUUUGCACAGGUGAAACAACCAUUUUCCGCAUUGGUGGAGGAUUGCAUUGGGAUAUCAUCAGCUGAACGGGUCGAUAUUGGUGUGACUGACCCGGUCAGGAGCCUACUGCCCUGAGAGGCUCUCUGGAUCUCUGCCUCCUCCUCUCAGGCUGCGUCCCCCACCCCCACCCACCCAGGCCUGCCGCUACAGUACCCCCUCCCCCACCCCACCGUGGGACUUUGGAGCAUCAUCCUAGCCUAGCAGUGAGGGAUACUAGACCCUGGAACACGUUAAGACUGCUAAGUGAUGAGCGAGUUCUGGUUGUGUUUCAACUGCUGUAUUGCAGAGCAGCCCCAGCCGAAGCGGCGGAGGCGCAUCGACAGGAGUAUGAUCGGGGAGCCCACUAAUUUUGUCCACACAUCCCACGUGGGAUCGGGAGACAUCUUCAGUGGCAUGAACUCGGUGAACUCCAUUCAGAACCAAAUGCAGGUCAAGGGUGGAUACGGCGGAGAGGCCAUGCCUUGUGAAUGUGCAGAGGUCUGCAACUUGGUGGACACACAAAAGCAGGAAUACACAUGGAGGGGCUGCUUCAGCAGUUAA